AUGAAUUCUAAACGUCGAGUGGAUCAUUCUGAUGACGAAGGUCUUCAUCAUAGUCGUGAUAAAUUCACACGCGAACGUAGAAGCAGUGUUGAUCGGAGUAAUUCUCCCGAAGAUCGAGAUCGUCGUUUGAAGAGGAGGCGCUCGAUUUCUCCAAGGCAGUCAUCGGAUGGUGGCGAUCAUUAUAUUCCUAAUUAUGAUAAGGACGGAUAUACACCUGCCCCCAGGUAUGUUGGAAGGCCAGGAGAGAUUCGUUUCCCACACCCAUCUGGAUUUCAAGUAAUGCCAAUGGGGUUUGGUGUUGGACCUAAUCCUCAAAUGUUACCUCCUGGUGCACCGAUGAUGCCAAUGGAUUGGACAGGUCCAAGGCAAGAAGCACCAAAAGAUCCUGAUCAACUGGAUUUCUUGGUAACAUUCAAAUACUAUUCUGAAUUUAUGCAGCAUUCGAAUCCAAAAAAUCGCCUUUCUGAUGAGGAGUUGCAUAAAAAAUAUAAUGAGUAUAAGGAAGCUUUUGCUCUUAAGCAAUUGAAAACUUUUUUUGAAGCACAUAAAAAAGAAGAAUGGUUCCUCGAAAAAUACCAUCCAAAAUACAUAGAAGAAAGAGCCGUUGUAACGAAAGAAUUGAAAAAGAAUUUGCAUAAGAAAUUUAUUUCGGACUUGAAAGAUGGUUUACUUGAUGGAAUUAACAAUGAUGUAUAUGAAGACAAUAAGGAGGAUUCCAAGCAAGAAGAUGGUAUAAAAAUUGAUUCUAAAGAUCCAGAUGAAGAUUCAAAUCGACUUUUCAUUAAAAGCGUUUCACCAAAUAUUCCAAGACAAAAAAUUGAGGAAAUGUGCAAGACAAUUGAAGGAUUUCAAUAUCUCGCAUUAUCCGAACCUAAUCCUCAGAAAAAGUUUCAUCGUUUGGGCUGGAUUGUCUUCAAAGAAGGAACCGAUAUGGACAAUGCGUAUGAAAAGCUUAAUGAACAAAAGAUUGAUGAGUUUGUCUUUUACCUUGCUCGUCAUAAAAAUCAAACCGGACCUGUACGCAACAGAAUUACUCCUGACAUUGCUUGUAAUAGCGACCGGUUAAAAAAAGAUUUGAUUCAAAUUCAAAAGCUUUGUGAUAAGUUGGAUAAGGAUGUUGAUAUUAGAGGAAGCGAAGAAAUUAAAUCAAGAUUUGUUGUCAAUGUUGACGAUCUUCAAGAACGCGAAGAAUUGAGCAAAGUAAAAAGAGCAUUGGAUAUUCACAUUGAAUAUUUGCGUCGUACACAUCUGUUUUGUUACUACUGUGGUAGUGAAUCCGAUUCUAUUGAAGAACUUGCAAGAAAGUGUCCUGGCCGUCACCUUAGAGGUGUUGCAGGUAGCGAGGGAAAGACUUCAGUCAACAAGAACAAAGAGAAACAAGUUAACUCUUCCCAAUGGCUAAAGACCUUGGAUCAUAAGAUAGCUUACAAAACUGAACCCUGGAAAUUUGAAAGUGAAGUUGAGAAACAUGGUGGAACUAGUCUCAAAAAAGUUUUAGAAAAGUUUUAUCAAGAAAAUGUUAUUGAAGUAGACCCUCAACGUAAAUUUAAAUGUAAACUUUGUGGUAAAUUAUUCAAGGGAGCCGAUUUUGUUAAAAAGCAUAUCGAUUAUAAACAUCAUAACGCUGUUGAAAACACUACAGAUGACGUAAGUUCGGAUGAUACAAAAUUCUUCAAUAAUUACGUGCUUGAUCCCAAUCAUCUUCUUCCAACCACACCACCUAAUCCGACUGCUGCGUUGAACGUUCCUCCGAAUGUAACUCCUAUUCCAACUAAUCCUUUCCCAGUUAUUCCCAAUGCUCCACCACCACCAUUCAUUGGAUUUAAUUUUCCGAUCGUUGGCGCUGCUGCUGGAACACCUCACGAUCAAAUUCCAAGAAUUGGUUUCGAUGCAAGAGAAGAUCGUGGACAAAAAAAUAAUCGAAAACCGUUAUCUCGAACGAGACCAAAUGAAAGUUCUGAUCCACGUCAAGUAAAAUCUUAUGUUGAUUUGGAUGCGCCUGCUGAAGGUGACAUUGAAAUUAAAUAUUAA